AUGCUCCACUUCCGCACACAGGGUUUCAACGGUUGCGCGGUCAAGUAUUCGCCCUUCUUCGACAAUCGGCUAGCCGUCGCAAGUGCGGCCAACUUCGGUCUGGUUGGUAAUGGCCGGCUGUUUAUUUUAGAGCUCACUCCCAAUGGGAUCGUGCCGGUGAAAACAUUCACCACGCAAGACUCUCUCUACGAUCUGGCCUGGUCGGAAAUCCACGAGAACCAGGUCCUCACCGCAUCGGGCGAUGGCAGCAUCAAGCUGUUCGACACCACAGCCAACGACUUCCCCAUUUCGAGCUGGAAAGAACAUGCACGCGAAGUGUUCAGCGUCAAUUGGAACCUAGUCGCCAAAGACCGCUUCUGCUCCAGCAGUUGGGAUGGCACUGUCCGAGUCUGGUCGCCGCAUCGCCCUCAGUCUCUGCUCACCCUCCCCACUCACAGCUGCACCUACUCCGCCGCCUUCUGCCCGCAUAACCCAGAGCUGAUCUCAUGCGUGACGUCCGACUCAUACGUUCGCGUUUUUGACCUGCGCACUCCCGCCUCAGCCUCCAACCACCUCGCCGUUCAAAUACCCAUCCACGCGGCCCCUGCGGCGCCCGCGAUUCCCAGCCAGCCAGGCAUGCCACCGGCUGCAACCCCGCCAGCCGAGGCCCUCACGCACGACUGGAACAAAUACCGUCCUACAGUCCUCGCUACAGGUGGUGUAGAUCGGGCCAUCCGGACAUUCGACAUCCGCGCCCCGCAGCAAGGGCCUCUAGCCACCAUGCUCGGGCAUGAAUACGCAGUACGCAAAGUAGCCUGGUCGCCACAUCUAUCCAACGUCCUUUUGAGCGCCAGUUACGACAUGACUUGCCGUGUAUGGAGUGAUCGGUCCGAUACAAGCGCGGCUGGUGAUGUGGAUAUUAUGCGCUCUGGCCCGGCGGGUCCGGUUGUCGGCACGGAACUCGGGCGGAUGGGACGACACACUGAAUUUGUGACGGGCGUGGAUUGGUGUUUGUUCGGAAACGAGGGUUGGUGUGCCAGUGUUGGAUGGGAUGAGAGCCUCUACGUAUGGGAUGUGCGAGGCGCAAUGACCUGA